AUGGCUCUCAUCACCCCACUUAUUCUGUGCCUUACAUUUCUUCUUCUCCCUCUUCUUCUUUUACUCAGAAAGAACAAGCAACAACAUAAGAACCCGCAAAAGCACUAUCCACCAAGCCCUCCCAAGCUUCCCCUCAUAGGCAACUUGCACCAGCUUGGCUCCUCGCCUCACCAAUCUCUAUGGCAGCUCUCCAAGAAGUACGGGCCAGUCAUGCUCCUCCAUCUCGGCCGCGUACCGACUCUCGUUAUCUCAUCGGCUGAAGCAGCCAAAGAGGCCUUGAAAACCAACGACCUCCACUGUUGCAGCAGACCCAGCUCGGCCGGCUCCCGCAGGCUCACAUACAACUAUCUAGACGUGGCAUUUUCGCCUUAUGGCGAAUACUGGAGAGAGAUUAGAAAGAUAUGCGUGCUUGAGCUCUUCAGCGUGAAGAGGGUCCAGUCGUAUUGGUCUGUCAGGGAAGAAGAGGUGGCUAAAUUGGUCAAUUCAAUCUCUUCUUCCUCAUCUUCUGGUGCUCCAGUUGAUCUUACUGAGAAACUGUUUGCUUUCACUGCCAGUAUAAUUUUCAGGAUUGCUUUUGGGACAACUUUCCAGGGAAGUAAAUUUGAGCAUGCUAAAAAUAUUCAUGAGUUGAUCCAUGAUACUGAGGCCAUGCUGGGAGGCUUGUCUGGAGCCGACUACUUUCCGUCUUGGAUCGGGUGGAUUAUGGACAGGGUUUCCGGGGUGCAUAAAGAGUUCGAUAGGAUUUCAAGUGAGUUGGAUGGUCUUUUCCAGCAAGUGAUUGAUGAUCAUCUCAGGGCUGGGACGGAAGUGGAGAAAGAUCAUGAAGACAUAGUUGAUGUGCUGCUUAAGAUAGUGAGGGAGCAAACUGGGUUUGGAGCUGCUCAACUUGGUCAUAACAACAUCAAGGGAGUUCUCUUGAAUUUGUUUUUAGGUGGAAUAGAUACCAGUGCAAUUACAAUGGAGUGGGCGAUGGCAGAGCUAGCUAGGAAACCGAAACUAAUGAAGAAAGCCCAAGAAGAAGUCAGAAGAUGCAUUGGAAACAAAGGAAAAGUCACUGAAGGAGAUACAGAUGAGCUUCAAUACCUCAAGAUGGUAAUCAAAGAGACCUUCAGACUGCAUCCUCCAGCUCCAAUGAUUCUGCCAAGAGAAACCUUGUCCCAUUUCAAAAUCCAAGGUUAUGAUGUCGACCCGAAAACACUGGUGUUUGUUAAUGACUGGGCAAUUGCACGAGACCCAGAGUCUUGGAAGGACCCAGAAGAGUUCGUCCCAGAAAGGUUUGAUGGCAGCUCCAUUGAUUAUAAAGGGCAGCAUUUUGAGUUUUUGCCAUUUGGAGCUGGUCGAAGAAUUUGUCCUGGGAUGUACAUGGGAACAACAACGGUGGAGCUUGGACUUGCAAAUCUUCUCUACUGGUUUGAUUGGAAAUUGCCUAAUGGGACGAAGGAGGAAGAUAUCAGCAUGGAAGAAGCUACUGGCCUUGCCCUCACCAUCUCGAAGAAAACUGUUCUCCACCUUGUCCCCGUGAAAAUAUCUCAGGAAACAUAA